AUGGCUUCAAGUUGCGGCAAACAUGCGUCAUCCCUUCUGCUGAAGGACUACCUAAGGGACGACCUAAGCUCGUGUUCAUCGAGCGGUUUCAAAUCGUUCCCUCGGCGACAAUGCUGCACCACCGUGGGAUUCCUCAAGGAGAAAGAUCUCCAACUUCAACGCAAAAAGAGGAACACGCGUCCUCGACGACGACAUGAUUCCUCUUCUUUUUCCACCGUUUCGGCUCUGCAGAGAGCUUCGGAAGCUGUAAUGAACGCCAUCAAGGCACUGCCAUUAUCCGCAAAAGCCAAAAAAGGUCUUCUUUCUAGAAGCCUCUCGAGGAAGCUGUUGAGCAGAAGGUUCUGGAGAAAAACAGCGAAGGAAGAGGAAAGCGAGGGCGUGCGAAGGAGAAGAACAUCUUUCCGCGACCUCAUUAUGGAAGAAAAGGAGCGUGAUAAAACGUCGUCGUUUAAGGAGGAUACCGUAUUCGCUGCUCCAAGCUUCACCGCAUCUUCAGGUUGUGACAGUAACAGCUGGGGAGAAAGCGAGUUCACUUUUGCGUCUACUGUUACUUCUUCUGGGAUCUCCAACGACAGUGAAGCAGUUCAACUUCAAGGCACAAAAGAGGGUUCGCUACAUCACAAGAUCGACGGAGUCACCACCAUAGAUUGGCCGAAUGAGAAGGAACAGUUUAGUCCUGUAUCGAUACUAGACUGGCCAUUUGAUGAAGAAGAGUGCCACAAGUCUCAUUUCAAUUCCACUUCCACUACUUGUUCCUUGUUGGAAGGAGCCAAACACAAACAUAUGCAGAAAAGACGACAUUUUAAAAAUUUGGCUUCACUGGAACCGGUGGCUUUAGAGAAAAGGUUUGCAUGGUCUGAGUUGGAGGAUGAAUCGCACAACCAUUCUACAAAACAAUGUUCAGUAUCAGUGCCAAUUAUGCGCACCCAAAAUGGGAACAACAACGUGCGACAUCACAACAUAGAGGAGAAUGCGCGUGAUCUUCUCAGCCUCGUUAAAUGGUCAAAUUCGUCCAAUAGUUUAAUAGUUGAGUUAGAGAACCUGUUGUUUGAUUACUUCAAGCAGAGCAUUGAGGAAAACAAAGAUAUUGAUCAUUCAAAGAAGCUUCACCUUUGCAAGGUAGCGGAGGAUUGGAUACAUGGGGAAGCCCAAGAACUGUAUUUGGGUUGGGAAGUGCAAGGAGGAAGGUGCGUCUACAUUAGGGAGAUGGACAAGUGUAAGGAGUGGAAAAACUAUGGUCAAGAUAUACAACACUUGGUUCUGGAACUAGAAAAUGAGGUCUUUGCUGAUUUGGUUAACGAGCUUCUACUUGAUUGA